UUUAUUUGCACAUUGAUUUUCGCUGAAAUUCACCUCUAUCUGUUUCGUCCUCAGGAGUAGUCAGGACUCAGGAGACUCUGAGACUGACUAUUCUGAUUCAGAAAAGCUUAUUUUAGGGCGCGCAUUAUGAAUUUGCCGGUGCCUCUCUUCGGGUAUCCUGCGCUUCAUUUUAGAUUUUCCCUCUUCCAAGCAAACCCUAAUUUUGCAAUUUUUAGCGAAAAUGCGCUUUUUAUUCUUUGAAUGAGAACAACCGAAAAUGGCUUCGAUUUGGACCCUUCAGCUUCAUACUGUUUCUUUUCAGCAUCUAAUUUCGCCAAGCCUAAUAGAACCCAGAGCUAGAUUGUGGCUGGACCGGAGCUACAAAAGAUUGAAUAGAAACCACACUUUUAAAAAGGUUGAGUUAAGAGCUGCACGCGAUCCAGUGAGUAGUGAUAUUGGCAAGCAACUCCGGGAGGAAAGCAACCUAGUCGAAUCCAAGAAUGAGAAUUUACUAAAUCCAACAAUUAUGGUUACUAAAUUGCAAGUGACUGAAUCCUCUUUCCCUCCUAUUGUGUCCUUGAUGAAAAAACAUCCAGGUGCUGGUUUUGCAAUUGGUCUAUUUUUCAUAGCAACAAGCCUUAUUAUUGCUGUGAGAAAUCAUAGGAUUAGCAAACCACGAAAUGUCACCCCUGGCACGGUGUCUGAUCUUGUUAGGCGUGGUCAGUUGAGAUCUGAUAGAAGAGGCAUCAGUAGUCCUCUGAAGUAUGAAGACCCUUUCAAUAACCCAAUGGUAAAGAUCAGUAAGAACAAUUCAACUGUUGAGAUGUGUGGAAAAGUAUACCGAUUAGUGCCAGUGACUCUUACAAGGGAGCAACAGGCUAUACAUCAGAAGAGGAGGUCACGUGCCUAUCAAUGGAGGAGGCCAUCAUUGUUUCUUAGAGAAGGUGACUCAAUACCUCCUGAUGUAGACCCUGAUACUAUCAGGUGGAUUCCAACAAAUCACCCUUUUGCAACCACAGAAAGUGAUAUUGAUGAAGACCUGGCUCAAAAUAAUGUUUAUCAAAAGCAUGGUGUUCCAUUUCGGAUCCAGGCAGAGCAUGAAGCUCUACAGAAAAAGCUUGAGGCGCUUCAGCAUGAUCAAAAUGUGAACAAACUAGUAAUAGAUCCUGCAAGCGCCAAAGACUUGGAGGGGCCAUUUAAAACACGGCUGAAGUCGGAGGAUCAAAAUGAAAUAACGUGAAUCUAGCUAUUCUGAAUCAAAAUCUGGCUGUGGUUUCCUCUAAAACGAAGCUGCUGAGAUGAGAGAUUUGGUUUGUAGCUUAUGGCCUUAUGGGUAAAACCUUGUGUAUGGAACUAUGAAUUAAUGUCAAUUAGAGGUGGUUUAUCCCAUUGUUGAACUUUUGUUAUUUCACAGUGAGACUGAGCACUUUGUCAAUAUUGGAAUGGGCUGAGUAGACUUAACAGUUAACAUGUAAAAUUUUUGAAUACAACAUAUUUUAUAAAUAAAAUGAAGAAAAAUUAUACAGA